AUGGAGAGUCCGAUUGGAACCAAAACACUAGACUUGCUCAAACAAUACAAUAACCAUAUCUCUGAGCGGGAUAAAUCGAUAGAGUACAUCGAAAAGAAUACAGAGAGUGCAAGCAACAGACCUACUUACGAUGAACUGUUUAAAGAAAACGUCAAACUGAAAUUGCAGGUGGAUGAGUACGAUGCGGAGUUGAAAAGUUUGAAGCAGGUUAUUGAACUACUGAAGAAACACAACAACACUUCCAUCGAAACGUUGCUAGAGGAAAACUUGACUCCAGUUGAGAAAAAAAAAGAUUUCAUACUACCCCCACGCUCUGCUGAAAGGAGGAUGAGUGGAAAGGAUAGUGAUACUCAGUCCAUAAUAAGCUCUACCGCAUCGAGUUAUAGUAAGUCAAAUGAGGUUCCGCGCAUUAGUUUACCAGGAAAAAAGUUGAUUAGUGGUAUGGUUGACAACCCACCGUCCCCGGCGACUACCAUAAAAACGUCUACUAGCGAUGCGAAAAGCCCUUUGAAGAGUGAUGACGUCAAUUUGCGGGCCUUGAACAACAAUCCCUUUAUUGACCCAAUCCUCUCGCCAAGUAAUAGCGGCAGUACUGAGAGUCCGGGCAAACCAACGGCUUCUGUAACUUACACGACCUCACGGAUUCAAAUCAAAUCGCCAAAAAAAACGCAGUCCCCCGUCCAGGAACGAGCACGCUCGCCUCAAAAUCCAAACAGAAUGACCUCCGUGAUAAACAACCAAAUACGAUCACCUUUGAAGAAAACCUUUGUUGAAUCAAGAGCUGAUUUCAACUGUUCACCUACAAUGAUCACAGAAAAUAUUCCACCAAGGGAUAAAUUUGGCGGAGAUUCGCUAAACUACACUCAUCCUAUCAAUACUCGUAAUAUGCCUCUACAAACCAAAGACGACUCCUCCGAAUCAGGUAAUUCGCCGUUAUCCGCAAGAACAAAUUCAGUGAGGAAUGUAUCAGGGGAACAUUACCCCCCCUCAGACUCCUUGUCCAUUAAUAGCAUCAACAAGAGCAUAACGCAAUCAUCCCGACCAACAGUAACCACUCCACCUCCUAACACUGAGCUAGGGUCUCCUAUCUUGUUGAACAAGAAUGAUUCGCAUACAAGUGCUAUGAAAAGUACUUUACCCUCAACCUUAAACAAUAAAGCAUACUUAGAGUCAGCCUUGGAUUUGCACAUCAAGACCAAAGUUGCGGCAGAAAAGAUGGAGGAUGGUUUGAAGAAGCCUACUAUGAAGAAUUCAAGCUUGCCCGCCGUACCAGCAACAUUAACAGCAGGUUCCAGAUCUGUUUCUUCCCAGAUAUUAAAGGUGCAAGACGAUUUUAACCCCGAUGUUGUGACGGACACUCAACGCUCCAUCAGUACUGGGACUGUGCAAUCUCACGUAGCUAGUAUGGUCUCAGAAAUCCCACUAUUUGUACAGCCAGAUGAGUUUGGUACGAUAAAACUAGAGAUAGUCAGCUCUUUAUUCCAAGAGAAUGAUUUGGACAGGGACGAGCAUCUCGUACUGAUAAGCGUAAUAGACCGUAAGACGGAUAAGGAAAUGUUCAAAUUCUCCAAGUCUAUCCAGAAAAUACGGGAACUAGACGUCUACAUGAAAUCCCACAUAUCUAAUCUCUCGUUACCUUCUUUACCCGAUCGCAGCCUAUUCCAGGCAAUCAUACCAGCGAAGGUGGCUAUGAGAAGGGAGUUGCUGAACGAGUACUUUGCUAGUAUAUUCAGCGUUCCUGCGUUCCCGCCUAACGUGUCAUUAAAAAUCGCCCAAUUUUUGAGUACAGAUACUGUCAUGAACCCACCAAUGCUUGGGGAUACCACGAAGGAAGGUACUGUGGUUAUGAGAAGACCAAAGAAAGCCUUAAGCAAUAAUAUUGGAUGGAGAAUAAGGUAUGCUAUCCUGAAUGAUGGUAUUCUGCAACUAUUAGAAAGAGAUCAAAUUGCGGAGGUUAUCAAAUUACAGCAUUGCGCUAUUGAAAUAAUACCGAACAUUCCAGAAGAUAGAUACGGGACGAAGAAUGGGUUCUUGAUUAAUGAACACAAAAAGAGCGGAUUAUCCUCAAUUUCUAAGUACUACAUUUGUUUGGAAACCGCUAAAGAGCGUGAAUCAUGGUUAUCUGCCCUAAACCAACUAACAGGUCAGUCGCUGCAAUAUUUGAACGCACACUCCCCGAAUAUGAGCCACGGGGAUCAAUCUUCACAACCGAACUCCGUCGAGGGCGCCAACUCGCUGUCUAAGACGGAUUCUAGUUCCAUUAUUGACCAAAAUUAUAGCAGCAACGAGCUCAGAGUAGAACAAAAGUCAACGCAACCAUUGGGACGGACAAGUAGUCACACAAGUGUGGCCUCUUCGCCAAGGCAGCCAGAUGUAGCCGAUGAAAGGGAUAUAAGAAGAUUGAAGAUGAGAAGUUUGUUUCCAUUUAAGAAACUGAACAUCUCGUCAAACUCAACAGGCGUGCAAGGAGGUGCACCCAGCACCACACCGAGUGAUUUUGAACCAGUGACCAUUUUAACUCCCGAUAGCAGUAAGUCAUUAACGACGCAAAAGUCAGCGGAAUUGAACAGUUCUCAAAUUGAGUUAUCGUACGACCAGCCUGUAGUUUUUGGUUCAUCCUUAGAUGCGUGCUUAAAAUUAAGCUCGCACCUGUACCAAGGAGAGUAUGAUAUACCGACUGUCGUUUAUCGAUGCUUGGAAUAUCUGUAUAAGAAUCAAGGCAUACGCGAGGAAGGUAUAUUUAGAUUGAGUGGAUCCAGCACACUGAUAAAAACUCUGCAAGAAACAUUUGACAGAGAUCAUGACGUCGAUCUGUGCAAUUAUGAGGAAGAGGAACAACAUGCCUACUUGGGGGUGAACACGGUUAGCGGGUUGUUGAAGUUGUAUCUGAGAAAUUUGCCCCAUCUAAUAUUUGGUGACGAGCAGUUCUUGACUUUGAAGAAGAUUGUGAGCGAGUAUCAUUCCAAUGAUCGUGCAAUAGCUUUUGAGUAUCAAAAACUAAUACAACAAGGCCAAUUGCCACAUGCUAAUAUCUCGUUGAUGUAUGCACUUUUCGAGCUACUGAAUAGGAUUAUCGACAACAAGAAGUUCAACAAGAUGAAUCUGCGAAACCUAUGCAUUGUUUUUUCUUCCGACGUUGAACGUCCCAAUAACAAUGCUGCAGCCUUUCAUCGUUGA